UGAACACAGGACAGUCAUGCUAUUAGUACUCCCACUUCGAACAACACACAUUUUGCCUUCCCAGCGUUUCAUCUUGAAAAUGACCAGCAGCUUCAAGUAUUAGUUGAAGUCCUACAAAGACGGUUGGAAGAACUGAGGAGAACAUCCCUUUCUAGAAAGAGACGCGGGCCUCGAUCCCAAUGGGCUUAUCAACUGUCGGGUUCUGGUGACGCUGGGUGACGUAUUCACGAUGGCGGAGGGCCGCAUGAAACAAUUCAAACACAAAGGAAAGGAUGAUGCUGAGCUACGUAGGAAGAGAACUGAGGAAAGAGUGGAGUUGCGAAAGACGAAACGCAGCGAUGAACUAGCAAAGAGAAGGCACGUUCCCGAGGUGGAAGCGGACGAAGCAGAUGAUUUUCAACAAAGUGAUGAAUUGCCAAUUUCUUCUUCUUUCAUGUCCACUGCAACACCGGACACUAUAUUGGCUGGCGUGUCAAAAGGAAUCGUCAGCAGUGACUUCAGUACACAGCUGAGUGCUGUUGUUGCUAUACGGCGUUUACUAAGCACUCACAACCGUACGUCCACCUAUGAAGAAGUGCUUCGCUAUGGAUACCUGCCCAUACUGGUCCAGCUACUCGAACGAAGUGACCAGCCAAUGCUCCAAUAUGAAGCAGCGUGGUGCCUUACCAAUAUUGCAUCUGGCACGUCAGAACAGACCAUGGCCAUUGUAAACAACGGUGCUAUUGUUCCUCUGAUAACUUUGAUUGAUGCAACGCCUCACCUCAGUACUCAAGCUCUCUGGACUCUCGGCAACAUUGCCGGUGACAGCACCGUGCUACGCGAUCAUGUCAUCAAAAGCGGCAUCCUCGACCCGCUCAUCAAGUGCAUCUACUCCGAGCCUCCUAUUUCUCUGCGGCACUUGCGCCUGGUCUCGUGGGUCAUGUCCAAUCUGUGUCGCUACAAUCAACCGUCUCCGCCACUUGAAGCUGUGCUCAAUCUGCUCCCGCUAAUGAAAGUAUUGAUUUGCCAUGAAGACGUUGAGGUGUGUAAGGAUGUGUGCUGGUCGCUGUCCUUCCUCUCAGACGGCAAUGGGGACGACUCGCUCGUCAAGGCAGUCAUUGCAAGUGGUAUUGUGCAGCACCUGGUACAAAUGCUUGGCAAGGAGUCGUCUGCUAUUCUUGUGCCUGCACUGCGAGCUGUCGGCAACCUUGCAACUGGUACCGAGACACAGACUCAGUUGGUCCUGGAUAACGGCGCCUUGCAAUUCUUUCCCCGGUUACUGGAAUGUAAAGAAGAACGAGUAAAAAAGGAAGCAUCCUGGGCGCUGUCCAACAUCACUGCAGGCACCCCAACUCAGAUUGCGGAUGUGGCAGAGGCACAGUUACUACCGAUUCUGAUCAAAGUCUUUACUGUGAGUGAAUAUGUCACUAAGCGCGAGGCGGCGUGGGCAAUAGCGAACUUUGCAAUCGCUGGCCUGCCACAACAGCUGGCGUACUUCGUUGAGUGUGGCGGUCUUGCUCUGUUAUGCGAGCUUCUCGUCUUUAGAGAUGUCCAGGUUAUCAAGGUCGCAUUAAAUGCCAUUCUUGCCAUCCUUCGAGCUGCUGGCGAUCAUUUUGAGCAGCUGGCAAUUGCUUUUGAAGAAGGUGGAGCGUGUCAUGUCCUGGAGCAACUUCAGCUGCAUGAAAACACGGCUAUUUCGGACAUGGCGGCGGCCAUGAUCGACGAAUUCUUCUCGUCCGGUGCUGAUGUGGUUGAACAGACAGGUCCAGUAGCAAGUGCUGCACAGUACCAGUUUGGUAUGCAAGCUGUGCCAGACAAUUUCUCCAUCAGCUGAACCAGCCACACCGCUUGUAAAUACAAACCCCCACCUCCCCGCCUGAGCGGUGAGUGCAGCUCUUGUUGUGCGAUUUUCCAUUGUGACGGCCCAUCGCGAUGGCUGCAUCCGCCGCUCCUACCGCCCGUGUACAAAUGUACAGCCGUUAUUAUUCAACAAACCUACCUCAUGAGCACCCAGCUCUGUUGCCAUGCUAGUCCUAUAUCUAACCCACACCUGCUCACGCGAAUCGUGCAGGCAUCUCAGCCCAUUUAACCCCCCGUCACGUGUAUAUUACGUCCAUUGUACAUAGUCGUAUCUGCAUGUAGCAAACGUCAUCUCCCGACCGCCGCGGUCACAGUAGCUUUCUCAUAUCUCUCACUCUUGUCUCGUUGCCAUUGCUGUUCAUGAUUUUCUUCUGUACCGGAUGGAUAUUCUCGUCCUGCAAGAGCCAACAGUUCUUGCAUCACCAUGUUCUCAUGCUCCAGCAAUCACAUUGUGCACGUCUUCAACUUUGCACUAGACGUGUGCAUACACCCUGUGUUUUGUUGCUCUCUGCCAUAAUUCUCACGUCUGUUUUGGUCUCUGUUGGUCUGCUACCGUAUUUUCCCAACUGUCAUGACCUGAAUCUUUUUUUCUCUCACUUUUUACUAUUUUUUUUCAACCAUGUUCCUCGGUGCCGAUUCUAAUACUGUCUUGUCUGCUGAUGGCCAUGAAGCGUAUGCUAACAAUGCUUUUCUCCUGAUGAUGUUGUUGAAUUA